AUUUUCUCUUAUCAAGCAGAUUUUAUAAUUGAAAUGAGUUAAUUCUCAUGCACAGCUUCAAAAUUCAAGAUAUUUUUUUUUGUGAGUAAAAAUGAAUGACAAGGAUGAAGACAACUCGAGGCAAUUUCUUCAAUUAAAUAAAGGAAACAGUGCUGCAAAUAAAAACAAAGGACUUUUGCAAGCAUCAGUUUCUAGAGAUUCCACAUCAAAUAAUUCAAGAAAUGCAAAUUCAUCACAACAGUCAAGACAAUCUAAUCAAUCAGGACAAUCAAAUAAAUCAAAUCAGUCAAGCAAUUCAAAUCAAUCAGAUCAGUCUAAGAAUUCAGGAAAAUAGAGAUAACUUAACAAUUCAUUUGUUACAUUUAAUUUACUGUCAAAAAUGAAAGAUUUUCAAUAAAAUAUUUGAUACACUUUGAA